GUAAUCUCCUCGGUAGAUGAAUGCAAGCCUCGCUCUCGAACAGGUCGAGUCGAAACAACCUCAAAACCCCAACCUUUCCUGUCCUAAAGCCCUAAAUUUUACAGAGCGAGAUUUUGGCGAUUGCGGGAGAGAGAAUUCGCUCGGAUACCGCGAUGGAAGGAGGCCCGACCGAGAGCAUGGUGCCGGAACCGGUGCUCGAUUCGGCGAAGACGACGCUGCGCAACGUGGAGGCGCUGCGGAGCCAGUUCCUGGAGUUCCUCUCCCUCGCCGACCCCGACGUCCUCGCCGAAAUGCCGCCUCUCCAUCGCGCCCGCGCCCUGCUCGUGCUCGCCAAGGCCGCUUCCACUCUCUUGGCCGUGAGGUUGAGGUGUAAUGGCGUCGACCCGGAUGACCAUCCUAUCAAAUCCGAGCUUGAGAGGCUAAGCUUGUACGAAGGCAAACUCGAGCGGCUAGUGGAUUUGAGUAAAGCUCCACUUCGGCCUUCUACUACAUUGAAUCUCCAAGCAACCACUCGCUUCAUCGAGCAUUCUUUGCCUGAUCUCACCCCAGACCAGAGGCAGAGCAUGAGGGGACUAAGUAGAGGAGGGGGGCCAAAGCUGAAGAAGAGCUAUGAGAGGAAGAGGAAGUAUCAGUCUUCCGGGCUCCACUCUGUUCAAGCUACUGCCAAGGAAUUCCUGGAGAAAGCUGCGCAGGAGCUUCUUGGUAGCAAUAGAACUGGUUUUAAGGGACCUCUGAUCGACGAUUCAGAUGAGGAAAACGGCCAUGACAAGGUCAUCAAGGGAUUGGUGGAGAUUUCAUCGGAUGAAGAUUGAUUUUGUUGCGCAGGCCCUUUGCUUGCUCCAGUCUGUAGCUACCGCCAAGGAAUUCCUGGAGAAAGCUGCGCAGGAGCUUCUUGGUAGCAAUAUAACUGGUGGAGAUUUCAUCGGAUGAAGAUUGAUUUUGUUUCGCAGGCCCUUUGCUUGCUGUCUCUGUAGAGUGACGCCGUGCUAUUUUUUUUGUACAUUGCAAUCUAUAUCAGAAGAGUUCUUUGGUCA